AUUUCGUAUGAUCGAGAGAGAAACAAAAAUUCCCAGGAAAAAGGCAGUGAUUCACUCUGCUACAGAAAAAACAAAAUUCGUGAAGAUUGUGUUAGAUCCGAUUUAUCAUCGUCUUCGUCGCUUGAACUGAGAAGCGAUUAAUAGACCUCACCUGGAGUUUGAUAAUGGGAGAGACAGCUGCAGACUCAGAACAUCGUAUGAUGAUUGGUUUUGCAGAUCCCAUGAGGAUUGAUCCUAGAAGAGAUCGGUUCCCUUGCUGCAUUGUCUGGACACCUCUCCCUUUUAUUUCGUGGCUGAUUCCCUUCAUUGGCCAUGUGGGUAUUUGUAGAGAAGACGGUGUCAUCCUCGACUUUGCAGGACCUAAUUUCGUUUGUGUUGAUAAUUUCGCCUUUGGAGCUGUUUGUCGAUAUAUCCAAAUCAACAACGAAAAGGAAUCAUCUCGUUCUUCUGGUUUCUGUAUGGUCAAUGGUGAAAACAGAUAUGAGGACAAAGAAGACAGUCAUGAGAAAGAGCCAACAUGGGAUGAUACACUAAGAAAAGGCACACAAGAGUACCAACAUCAUUCAUAUAACAUAUUAACAUGCAACUGUCAUUCCUUCGUUGCCAACAACCUAAACCGUCUAGCGGUAAGGUCAGGCGGGUGGAACGUGGUGAAUCUCGCGGCACUUGUGUUCCUCAAGGGACGUUGGGUGAGCAAAGUGGCUGUAGUAAAGUCCCUUUUGCCUCCAGUCAUAGUCUACACUCUAGGAAUCUUACUCGGUGGUUGGAAUUUCAUAGCUGCCUGCUCGAUUCUAGCGGUUUUGCUUAUGGGUUGGUUCAUCAUGGGAACGUAUUGUUUCAAGAAAAUGAUCCAGCUGUAGAUUUGGAUUGAUCUAAGUAUCUGGUUAGAGAGAGUUAUGAUGUCUUGAAGAAAUGAGGGUUGAAUGUGUGAACUUUUUGUCGGAAAGGGACGAACUUAGACUGUUGUCCAAAUGAUGUCUACAGAAUGUUUUUACUCAACAAUUUUCUCUUUUGUGUGUGUUAA